CCAAAUCACAGCUUUAAAUUAGUUACAGCGUUUGCACUUAACAUUUCGAAAUUACAGCUUUUGCUCUCAAUCUCCUGAAAAAAGCUUCAACCAGCAAAACCAAUGGUUUUAGUUAAUGUUCAUUCCGAUGGACAACCAAUUAUCAUCAACAAAGACAUGUUAACUUGGUACUUGCUCAGCCUCAAGCUCAGACAAAAAUUUCAAACCAAAAACCAACACUCGGAACCGGUUCAAGAUCCGAAUCUCCACGGUUUACCGGAAGUUACCAGACCGAAUCAAGACCAAAACGUGCAGAACCACAAGCAGUCUCAUUCCGAGUCAGGUAAGGAGGUGGUAGAAGAGAGGCCAGAAGAGACCACAGGAGACAGUUGGGUGAUCUCAAUAAGAGACAAGCUCGAGCAAGCAGAUAGAGACGACGACACAACAAUUUGGGGAAAGCUCUGCAUCUACAGAGUUCCACAUUACCUACAAGAGAACGACAAGAAGUCCUAUUUCCCUCAGACUGUUUCGCUUGGUCCGUACCACCAUGGUAAAAAGCGUCUUCGGCCUAUGGAGCGCCACAAGUGGCGUGCGCUCAAUAAGGUCCUGAAACGUUUAAAGCAGCGCAUUGAAAUGUAUACUAAUGCCAUGAGAGAGCUUGAAGAGAAGGCUCGUGCUUGCUAUGAAGGUCCCAUUAGUUUGAGCAGGAAUGAGUUCACAGAAAUGCUUGUUCUUGAUGGCUGUUUUGUUCUCGAGCUCUUCAGGGGAACCGUUGAAGGAUUUACCGAGAUAGGAUAUGCACGUAACGACCCGGUUUUCGCGAUGCGAGGAUUGAUGCAUUCAAUUCAACGUGAUAUGAUAAUGCUGGAAAAUCAACUUCCCCUGUUUGUUCUUGACCGGUUAUUAGAGUUACAGCUCGGUACACAAAACCAAACCGGUAUAGUGGCACACGUAGCCGUUAAGUUCUUUGACCCGCUAAUGCCAACGGGAGAGGCGUUGACCAAACCGGACCAGUCAAAACUCAUGAACUGGCUGGAAAAAUCAUUGGACACACUUGGUGACAAGGGCGAGUUGCACUGUUUGGAUGUUUUCCGUCGAAGUCUACUCCAGUCUAGUCCUACACCGAACACAAGAUCUCUCCUAAAGAGAUUGACUAGGAAUACGCGAGUGGUGGAUAAGCGACAACAACAACUGGUACAUUGCGUGACAGAACUAAGGGAAGCUGGUGUGAAGUUCAGGAAAAGGAAAACCGACCGGUUUUGGGAUAUUGAAUUCAAAAAUGGUUAUCUAGAAAUACCCAAACUACUAAUCCAUGAUGGUAAGCUCAAAGGUUCUCUUUUAAUUCCUUUCCUACUUUUUAUUCCUUACACAUAUAUAUGUUUGUAUAAAAACGAUAUUUACCUAUAAAAUCCUUAAAUUCCAUAAACUUACAAAUCCUCUCAUGUUUUUUCUGUAGGUACUAAGUCUCUCUUCUCAAAUCUUAUAGCAUUUGAGCAGUGUCAUAUCGAGUCGAGCAACCACAUAACAUCCUACAUUAUUUUUAUGGAUAAUCUAAUAAACUCUAGCGAAGAUGUUAGCUACUUGCAUUAUUGUGGUAUCAUCGAGCAUUGGCUUGGGAGUGAUUCGGAAGUUGCGGAUUUGUUCAACCGGCUAUGUCAAGAAGUGGUUUUCGAUCCCAAAGAUAGUCAUCUAUCUCGACUGUCUGGUGAUGUAAACCGUUAUUACAAUCGUAAGUGGAAUGUUUUGAAGGCUACCUUGACACACAAGUACUUCAAUAAUCCUUGGGCAUAUUUUUCUUUUUCUGCUGCAGUUAUUUUGCUACUUCUCACAUUAUGUCAGAGUUUUUAUGCUGUUUAUGCUUAUUAUAAGCCCAAUUCUAAACUCUAG